ACCCGGAGCCUCUCUUUUUUUAAAUCCACCUAAGCCUUUCCGUCUUUUUAAGGAUAGCUAACCUCUACGAUCCAACCUCUCUUUGAAGCUCUUUUCAGACAAUAUCCACCAAAAGUUUAAGGUCAAACCUCCGCCAAGGGUCUCUUAAUGAAUCUUUGCAUGAAAAAGAAAAAAUCUGAAGUGAUGCACCGUUGGUGUCCCUCAUUCUGAAUUCUCACAAGUCUGCAAAACACUUUGAAAUCAUUGCGUGUAAUUGUCGCCGAGCAUCUUCAUCUUGUUAACGUAACAACAGGAGGAGAGCAGGAGUGCUGCAGCAUGGGACUCAGCUGCUUCAAGUCCUGGAAACAUGACAGUACAGGCCACAAAGGUAACAGAGAUGUGUUGGCCAGCCCAGGCUCGUAUUUCUUCCUGUCUAACAGUGCCGGUCAGGGUGACGAGUGGCUGAAGAGCCUCAACAAGGGAGUCUGGAUCCCUUUUACAGGGGUCUUCGGUCAGCGUCUGGAGGAGACGGUGCUGUAUGAGCGACGUUAUGGAGUGCGCUUGGUUCCUCUGGUGGUAGAGCAGUGUGUGACCUUUAUCCGGGAGCGUGGCCUACAUGAGGUGGGCUUGUUUCGCCAGCCGGGACAGACCAGUCUGGUGAAAGAGCUGCAGGAAGCUUUUGAUGCAGGGGAGAGACCGUCUUUCGACAGUAGCACAGACGUCCACACGGUGGCAUCACUGCUGAAGCUCUACCUCAGACAGCUGCCGGAGCCUCUGGUUCCCUACAGCCACUACCAGGACUUCCUGUUGUGUGGAAAGAAACUGACAAGUGACCGCACACAGGGUUUGGGGGAGUUGAGGAAUCUUCUUCAUGAGUUGCCAGUUGCAAACUUCAACCUACUCAACUUUAUCUGCCAGUUUCUGAAUGAGGUCCAGAGUUACUCAGGUAGUAACAAGAUGACUGACCAGAACUUGGCAACUGUGUUUGGGCCAAACAUCCUCCGAGCCAAAACUGAGGACCCACAAAGCAUCAUGGGAGGUGCAGCAUUGGUCCAUGUGCUGAUGUUGGAGCUGAUCAGAGAGCACGAGUCGCUGUUUUCCAAAGUUUCCCCACCCGUCUCCAGCCGUCCACCUGGUGGUUUGCAUGCAUCACCAAGUGCUCUGAGGCAGCCUCAUCUUCACCCGCCGCCCUGCCUUCGCCAGCUGUCUAUGCCUCUCAUUGUGGAGCGCUCCAGAGAGCCGGGACAGCUCGCCACAGACGCACAGAACCCCAGCUGUAUGUACUCUGCUGCUGCCAAAUCAGAUGCGUCCUGCGGCCAGAAGAGAGGUCUCGGCCACCGCUACACCUCCUCCCACCCAGAGAACUGCUUCUACCCCCUGCCCUCCUCCAGCCAGCACCACUCUGACAGACACAACAUAGAUUAUCAUCAGCACCAUGCUGGCCAAAGACCCUCUCCUGCAAACGUUCAAGCCUCUACAACCAGCCUCCAGCUACAAGACCCACUUCCAGACAGCUCCAAGCCCAGACUGAUGCUCAUGGGCUGGGCGAAGGCGUGGCCGGGCCCGGGAGAGGCAGAUGCUGGAUUCUGGAGCUCUGGUGCUGCAGGGGAGGAGGUUGCAGUGCGUGAAAAUGCAAGCGGGGGCAGCAGUGAAGCCCAGGAGGACAGUACCCCCUCUGCCUAUGACAACCUGGACAGAGUGUCUUUACGUCAGAGGAUGGAGGAUGUCACUGGUGGACAUUUUGAGACCAGUGAUCCAGGAGGCCAUAUUGGAACUUGUGAAGGGCAGGAGGCUUGGCAGAUAAGGAACUCUUCCUCUUCAUGGUCCUCCUGUGACAUUCUCCCAUUGGAUGAGGGCAAUGAUGCUGCAGGGGCGGUUAGUCCUGACAUGUCACCAAAGAAACCUAAAAGGUUGCCUUCAAGUCAGGCAGCAGAGGAGGAAAACAGUGAUAAUGACGAUCAUGAAGAAAACAUCAAUGAUGAAGACGAAGACGAAGACGAAGAUGAAGAUGACGAUGACGGCAUCCACCACCCUAACUCCCCAGCCUCCUGUUCUGUACUCAGCAACAGCCCCCUCAGUACAGGCAGUUCAGAGGUGUUCCUCCCCUCUGGUCCUCCAGACAUCCAGGGACCUGAACUUCAGUCACAGCCCGGGGACUCUCACUCACUCCUGGCCGAACUGCAGCAGCAGAUGGCCCAGCAGAAGGCUGAGUACCAGGCCAGGAUACAGAGGUUGGAGCGCUGUAAUGACGUUCUCGAGCGGCAGGUUGCGGUCCUCCGGGUCAGUCUGGAACAGCAAAGGCGCAGCCAGAGUGUUGCUGAGAUCAAGAUCCGCAACAUGGAGCGAGCCAAGGCCAACGCCGACCGGCGAAACAACUCGCUGCAGAGGGAGAUGGAGCUGUUCUUCCAGAUGUACGGAGAGAUCAGGAGAAGAGGAGGACAUGAAGGAGGAAGAGAAGGUGGGAGUCUCUGAAGUUGGAUAGAAAGGGAAAGAGAGAAAAAUUGUUUGAAGUGUACGAAUAGGUUAGAGGAGGGUCUGAGCUUGAGCUCGACAGAAUAUUCAACUCUGAGUUGAACAUUAAGGUGAGACCAUGAAGACAUCAAAUCCUGAAGGAAAACAGGCAGGGCAAGAAAAUAAAUAAGUUACUGUCUGAUCCAGACGACAAUCUGAAGAAACCAGACGUUGAGAUGUUGGCUAGCUUCCUCACCUGUGCAGUGAAUGUCGGGGUGGGGUAGGGAGUGCUUUUGGAUUGGCUGACUCAUGGACACUCGUCAUGUCUCUAUGCAAACCAGCCUGAGUUUUCCAAAGAGGCCUGAGACAAGGUAUUAUUCAACAUGAGCCUUCGAGAAACCAAAUUCUAUCCGAAAUCAUUCCUGAACAACAAAGGUCCGGUUUGGAAGGUAGUCCAGACUGUAAGACUCUCAGGAUGUCAGAACUGCUCACAUUACAAGAUUUUUUUUGUCUCAGACUGUUGUUGUUGGCAUGGGGUUCAGGACCUACAUGACUGAUCUCAGAUAAGGUGCACUGACUACAAGAUUAUUUCAGCUGGUGAGAACUGUGACUGGAGUGCACGUCAGAUGUCAGAAUACCAGAGUGAGGCCAUGUUAUGUUGUUCUGGAGCGUCUGCUACCUCCUUCCUUCAGCUCAGACUGUUUUAAAUUCAUCUCCGAGAUACAAGAAGUGCGUCCUGUUUUUGGCUACAACACAAUCAAACAUGUUUGAUGUUUACUGUCUUUGCAUCUUGGAUUUUUCAAGAAAUAAAGGUCAAGAUGAAUCCUGGAACGGCUUGAAGUUUCAUGAUGGGAUUCCUUGCUCAGAAAAUUAUGUGGGACUGGAAAGUUGUGAAGUCUGCGUUGGGCUCUAGAGAACUGAAAUCUUCCUGGGAAGUCAGAGAGGUUAAGUUUUUGAGUUUCUACCAUCUAAAUGGAAGGGAAGAUUGAAGUCCACGUUGGAAAGACUUCUCAAUCCUUGUGUGUUGAAGACUGAAUCUUUUCAUCGAGUCAGGAGACACUACAAGGCUUUUUACCUCACAAUUGAUUUAACAGUUUCUACAUGAACUAAUCACUCAGAUAAUAUAGGAUGAUGAGGAUCACACUUUAUGUUCAGAGAAUCUGAAUGUUCAUGGUUUUUGACAAUUCAGCACCAAAGUCAUAGGGAAUUUCCGACUUCUGGCUGUGAACCUGUUGUCUUUGCUCUGAUAAAUGGAGGACUUGUUUGAAAAGAGAUCAAUCACCAUCAACCUGAUGCACAGAAUUGGUAUUCUGGGUGAUUUCCCACUGGCUUUUUUUUGCUACAAUAAUACAACACUGACUGGACAUUGUAGUGAAUGAACUGAAACUUCCCUCCAACUGAAGCAGGGCGAAGAUGUUUUUGUUUUCACAGUGUGAGUGCCAGACAUCACAAAGACUCAGUGUACAAUGGACCUCUGAAAGACACCCUGUGAUGUCCUGUUCACUCUGCAUGAAGACACUUUUCCAAUAAAAUACAAGAAAGAGAAAAACAACUUUAACUCUGUUUUCCACACAUAAUGUAAUCAGUAAAUCUUUUCAGUGUAUUAACAUGCAUGUGUCUGUGUGUGUGGCACUGGUUGGCUCUAAAAUUACGGAUCAUCUGCUUUAUUUGGUCAUAACUAAGGUCUGCUGGGCAACUCAGGAUGAGAAAUAUGAUUCAAAAUCAAAGUCUGUUGAAUGUGAUUGCUCUGGAUUUGGGGGAUAGGACCAACAGGAAGCUCACAAGCCAAUAUUGUCCAAUCACAGGCUGCCACAAAGACAUUAUUCAGCUUCAAUUGUUUGCACAGCUUCUCGUUUGUUUCCAAUAUACCUGAUUUUGUUCUUUAUUCCUGAAUGCCUGUUAUAAUGAAUCAACAAAAGUUAAGAACUGUUGGUGCUGGAUGUUAAACUGAGGCUCUCUAGAGGCUGAAAUAAUAACUGCAGAUCAACAGGGAAUAUUUAUACAACAAUAAACAGUUUAACUUGA